AUGGCUUCUUCAACGUCUUGUACAAUUCGAUUCGCCAUCACAGCUGCCGCCGUGCUCGCCGUUAUUUAUGUCUCAACGAUUCUCAUUAUUUUCAAUGAUUUUCGCCUUUUUUACAACGAAGCUCUUGAAGAUGUCGCCGAGUUCAACAAAUUCGCCACCGAGGCGUGGGACGAAAUGAUUGCGAUGAAUUCGUUGGCAACAUCGCCUCGCGAGAAACGAUCCGAGUCCAAGUGCGGCUGCAUGAAUCGCGUUAAUAACUGUCCGUCCGGCCCUCCAGGUCCGCCAGGAAUUCCUGGUAACCCUGGCGAGAAUGGGGAAGACGGUGACGUCGGACAACCAGGCCCUGACUUUCCCCCAUUCGAUGUCAAGACCUUUUAUACUCAUGAAUGUAUUCGCUGUCCAGCUGGAGAGCCAGGAUCACCAGGCCCUGACGGUGAAGAGGGGCUUCCGGGGCCGGACGGCCAACCAGGAGCGGACAACUUCAACGAAGGAAGACCAGGAGAACCUGGAGUGCCGGGAGAGCCGGGAGAUGCUGGAGAGCCAGGAACUGAUGGCGAGCCAGGGUCUGAUGGCGCUCCAGGAGCCAAUGGAUCUCGAGGCCAAGGAAUGCCAGGUGCUCCAGGAGUCCCAGGACCUAUUGGAGAAGAAGGUGAGCCCGGCAAGGACGGAGAACCUGGAAUCCCAGGCCCUGAAGGACCUGAAGGACCAACAGGGCCGCCAGGAAAUGACGGUGCGACUGGAGAAGACGGCCCAGACGGAAUGUCUGGAAUCCCUGGAGUGCCAGGAGCUGAUGCCGCUUACUGCAGCUGUCCAGCGAGAAGUGCUCAAUUAUACUACUAA